AUGUCUAUUGCUAGUAUGAAUCAGCAGAGUUGUGAAGAAAGAGCCAAAUGCAAGAUCAUAAAUAAAGCACACAUCAGUAGAACUAAUAGCUGUCCGGCACUUUUGUGGAGUACAAAAAAAUUUAAAGGCGGUGAUACAUUGGAGAAUAAGCACCAGCGGAUUGGUCGGACAGUUGACGCACGAGACGUAGCUGAUGCGAUACUGUUGACUUAUGAGAAUCAUGAAGCAGAAGAGAGAUACAUAUGCACUUCACAGGCUAUCACGGCCCGAGAUUUGGUGGAGAAAUUGAAGAGUCUAUUUCCAAACUACAAGUACCCUACAAAUUAUACUGAGUUGGAUGAUUACAGAAUGCUGAGCUCAGAGAAACUGCAAAGUUUAGGUUGGAAAUUCAGGCCAUUGGAAGAAACAUUAAUUGAUUCUGUUAAAAGCUAUGAGGAAUCUGGAGUACUCUAAUCACAAUAUCAUCAUCUCAUCUCCCUAUUUGGGAGGCAGUUCUCAUCAAUCAAUCUAUAAUAAAUGUGACUGCUUGUUUAUUGUACUCAAUAAGAUAUACACAGUUCUUAUGCUGGCUCAGUUUCUUAAACGGCAUUCUAAGAGCAUCCACAAUGGAGCACUUCAACUUUGAGUACUUAAAUGGGUCUCAAUGGACACAUCACUAAUUUUUUGCAAUGAUAAUGUUAGAACUUCAAGUUGGACGGGCCGCUUUUGAUCAUUGGAGUGAGUGGUUUGCUGUUCAUAAGAUGCGAAGUACUGAUGAUCAUUAUGUUCCGCUUUUAAGCACGGAUCGGUGGGAAAAGUCUCGUUUAGAAUGGUUAAAAUGCAAUGUCGAUGCAACUUUUUUUGUUGACUCGGAAAGGACAACAAUGAGUGCUUGUUUCCGUAAUAGCUCCAGUGAGUUUACUGCUGGAAUCACAAAGUGGCAGCGGAUGGUUUUAUCAACAGAGGAGGGUGAAACAUGGACAUUAUUGCAAGCCAUGAAUGAAGCUAAGCAUAGAGGUUUUGAACGAGUCCAAAUUCGAAAGUGACUCUUAAGUGCUGGUUGAGGCAAUUCGUACCAAGAGUCGAGACAAUUCAGAGUUUCUUUCAAUCGUUAAUGAUAUUAUUCUUGUUAUGUUCUCUUGUGCAAACUUUGAAAUUAAGUUUAUUAGGAGACAAGUGAAUUUGGUUGCUCAUACGCCAGCUAGGGCGGUCAAUUCUUGGACUAGUUUCUAUAGAUUUGAGAUUAUUUCUU